AAAAAUUGUAUCUGGCAACUCUGAUUGUCAGUGGCGUUAAUUUCUUACUUCUUUUAUUGUUUUUGAUAAAAUUUUAAAAUAUACUUAAAUAAAUGCAAUCUAAGUGAACAACGUUCUACUAUAAUUUAAGCUAUACACUUUGUAUAUAUUAUAAGUUUGGUAAUUUUAGAUUGAAAUAUGAAUGCACCGCCAACCUUUGAAUCAUUCCUUUUGUAUGACGGAGAGAAAAAGGUUCAAAAAGAAGAAGAUACUAAGGUGACAAAUGCUGCCAUAUUCACGGUAAACAAGGAAGACCAUACUCUUGGAAACAUGAUCAGACACCAACUUUUGAAAGACCCGAAGGUACUAUUUGCAGGUUACAAAGUUCCUCAUCCUCUUGAGCAUAAGUUUGUGCUGCGCAUUCAGACAACAUCUGACUACACUCCACAAGAUGCCUUUAUGAAUGCUAUCACAGACCUUACAUCUGAGCUGUCUUUAUUUGAAGAGAGGUUCAAGGAAGCUAUAAAGGAGAAAAAAGAUGGAUUGGAUUAGAUAUAAAUUAGUUUUGUAUUAAAUGAUUGAUAGAUAUAAGGUUUAAUAAAGUAAGAUUGAUAAGCAA